GAGAAGGACGGGACCGAGCCUCGGCGGCCACAGAAGGUGGGAAAAGCGGAGGAGGACAGCCGGGAGGCGGCGGCGGCCGGGAAGUGAAAGGUCUCGCAAAGUUCAGCGUCGGCUGCGGGCGCCGAGCCCUGGGCGAGCGGCGCACCCGCCCUCAGGGCCGCUCAGCCGGCAGCGGCCAGGCCGGCUAUGAUCCCGGGGCUCCCGCCGCUGCUGAGCUGCCCGGGCCCCGCCAGGCCGGUGCGCGACGGUCACCCCGCCGCCUGGCGCGGCCCCGGCCCGCGGCUCUGUGCCCACGGUGCCCACUGAGCGAGCCUGGCGCUCCGGGAGGAGGAAGAACCACAGAGCCCCCGGUGCUCCCGAGGACCACUGCCGCUUCAUCCCACCCGCUCCCGCAGCUGCCCGGCCAUGGGGAGCUGCGCACGGCUGCUGCUGCUCUGGGGCUGCUCCGCGGUGGCCGCAGGCUUGAAUGGAGUAGCCGGAGCGAACUCCCGCUGUGAGAAAGCAUGCAACCCUCGCAUGGGAAACUUGGCUUUGGGAAGAAAGCUCCGGGCAGACACAAUGUGUGGCCAGAACGCCACCGAACUCUUCUGCUUCUACAGUGAGAAUGCUGACCUCACUUGCCGGCAGCCCAAGUGUGAUAAAUGCAACGCUGCCCAUUCUCACCUGGCUCACCCACCCUCUGCCAUGGCAGACUCAUCCUUCAGGUUUCCCCGGACAUGGUGGCAGUCUGCAGAGGAUGUGCACAGGGAAAAGAUUCAGCUAGACCUGGAAGCAGAAUUCUACUUCACUCACCUAAUUAUGGUGUUCAAGUCUCCCAGGCCUGCAGCCAUGGUGCUGGACCGGUCCCAGGACUUUGGGAAGACCUGGAAGCCUUACAAGUACUUUGCAACAAACUGCUCGGCUACUUUUGGCCUGGAAGAUGAUGUUGUCAAGAAGGGAGCUAUUUGCACGUCUAGAUACUCAAAUCCUUUCCCGUGCACCGGAGGAGAGGUUAUUUUCAGAGCCCUGUCACCACCAUACGACAUAGAAAACCCUUACAGUGCCAAAGUGCAGGAGCAGCUGAAGAUCACCAACCUCCGAGUGCGGCUGCUCAAGCGACAGUCCUGCCCUUGUCAGAUAAACGACCUGAACGCAAAACCUCACCAUUUUAUGCACUACGCAGUCUAUGACUUCAUCGUCAAGGGCAGCUGCUUCUGCAACGGCCACGCUGACCAGUGCUUACCUGUGGAGGGCUUCAGACCCAUCAAGGCCCCGGGAGCGUUCCACGUGGUCCACGGGAGGUGUAUGUGUAAGCACAACACAGCAGGCAGCCACUGCCAGCACUGUGCACCAUUGUACAAUGACCGGCCCUGGGAGGCAGCGGACGGCAGAACAGGGGCUCCUAACGAAUGCAGAACUUGCAAGUGCAAUGGGCACGCGGACACCUGUCACUUCGACGUCAACGUGUGGGAGGCGUCGGGGAACCGCAGCGGCGGUGUCUGCAACAACUGUCAGCACAACACUGAGGGUCAGCACUGUCAACGCUGUAAGCCCGGUUUCUACCGCGACCUCAGAAGACCCUUCUCUGCCCCUGACGCUUGCAAAGCGUGUUCCUGCCACCCGGUUGGAUCGGCGAUCCUUCCUUUCAGCUCAGUGACCUUCUGCGACCCCAGCAAUGGUGACUGCCCCUGCAAGCCUGGGGUGGCGGGGCCACAUUGCGACAGAUGCAUGGUGGGAUACUGGGGCUUUGGAGACUACGGCUGCAGACCUUGCGAUUGUGCGGGGAGCUGCGACCCGCUCACGGGAGACUGCAUCAGCAGUAACGCUGAUGUAGACUGGUACCACGAAGUCCCCGCCUUUCACUCGAUGCACAAUAAGAGUGAGCCCAGCUGGGAAUGGGAGGAUGAGCAAGGAUUUUCUGCCCUCCGACACUCAGGUAAAUGUGAAUGUAAGGAACAGGUGUUAGGAAACCCCAAAGCCUUCUGUGGAAUGAAGUAUUCAUAUGUGUUAAAAAUCAAGAUCUUAUCAGCCCACGACAAAGGCUCCCAUGCCGAAGUCAAUGUGAAGAUUAAGAAAGUCUUAAAGUCCACCAAACUGAAGAUCUUACGAGGCAAGAGAACGCUAUACCCAGAGUCCUGGACUAACAGAGGCUGCACCUGUCCAAUCCUCAAUCCAGGAUUGGAGUACCUGGUCGCUGGCCACGAGGACGUAAGAACAGGCAAAUUAAUUGUGAAUAUGAAAAGCUUUGUCCAGCACUGGAAACCAGCUCUUGGCAGAAGAGUCAUGCACAUCUUAAAAAGAGACUGCGUGUAGCACUGAAGGUCUUAAGCACACAAGGGCUUUUCUCUGGGUAGCAGAUACACAAGUCUAAUGAAAAAGAGACCUCAAAAUAAAACUGGAAUAUUUUUUAAGUGCCAAAAUGUAGGGGGGGG